CACUACCAGAAAAGAAAAGGGGAGGUAAGUUGCCUGUUGCCCUCCUUCAGUUUGGCAACAAAAAUGAACAGGAGCUAAGAAAGCAGAAUGAUGAUGAUAACUAUCGAAGUGAUUCAACCAAAAGCUCUCACCUUUUCCACUUCUACUUCUAAUGCAAAAACCAAACACCAACGCUACUCAUUGCAUGUUCAGUCCCAAUAUCAUCAAUGGCAUCUACCCUCGAGCAAUUUUCCUUCAAUAACCAUGAUCAGGUCUCGCGGGAGAAGAACCAUUGUCACUUGUUCCUUCUCUUCUUCAUCACCAUCACCACCAAACGAGGAGGAGGAGGAGGAGGUGGUGGUUGAUGGAGAGAGAGUGAAUACUAAUGUUAAGACGUUAUUUAGGAGAUUUUGGAAAGUGGCUGCCCCUUAUUGGUUUUCUGAUGACAAAGCCCAAGCAAGGCUCCGACUAGGAGCUGUUUUCGCUCUUACUCUUGCCACCACCGGCAUCAGUGUCGCCUUUAAUUUCCUUGGCCGCGACUUCUACAAUGCUCUAGCUAACAAGGACCAGCAACAGUUCACAAAACAACUCAUUUUCUAUCUGGGUGGUUUCGCUGGUGGAAUUCCGUUCUUUGUAUUGAGAGAUUAUGCCAGAGAAACUCUUGCUUUGAGAUGGAGGUCUUGGAUGACCACCUAUUACAUGGAACGUUAUUUAAAGGAUCAGACUUUUUACAAAAUCCAAUCACAAUCUAUCAUUGAUAAUCCAGAUCAACGCAUAGUUGAUGAUCUAAGUUCCUUCACUGGAACUGCGCUUUCCUUCUCUUUGACACUUUUCAAUGCUGCAGUAGACUUGAUUUCUUUUAGUAACAUCUUGUAUGGUAUCUACCCUCCUCUGUUUGCUGUUCUUCUAGUAUAUUCUCUUGGGGGAACGGCUAUCAGUGUUUUCCUUGGAAAGGGAUUGGUGGCUCUCAAUUUCUUGCAAGAGAAAAAAGAAGCAGAUUUUCGCUAUGGACUAGUUCGCGUUCGUGAAAACGCUGAAUCUAUUUCUUUCUAUGGCGGGGAAGAAAAUGAGAUGCAACUUCUGCUGCAGCGCUUCAGAAGUGCUUUUGAAAAUUUAACCAAAUUAUUGAUAUCUUCUAGAAAUCUGGAGUUUUUCACCAAUGGCUACCGGUACCUCAUUCAGAUUCUACCUGCUGCAGUUGUUGCUCCUAUGUAUUUUUCUGGCAAAAUUGAGUUUGGUGUCAUCAAUCAGUCUGUAUCUGCUUUUAAUCACAUCCUUGGGGACUUCUCUCUCAUUAUUUACCAGUUUCAAGCUAUCAGUGCUUUCUCAGCUGUCAUUGAUCGCCUGGGUGAAUUUGAUGAUAUUUUAGAUAGCAGUAGCUCUAAAAGUCUUGCUGACUCCUCUGAAGAGAUUUGUCUCAUGUACUGUAGUACUAAGAGUGUGGCUCGAUUGGAGUUUAAUGCAUCUAUUCCCUUGGACAGAUGUCGAAAAUUACUGGAUAUAGAGAAUUUGACCCUUCAGACACCAAAUAAAGCUACAUUGAUCCAGGAUUUAUCAUUGGUGAUUAAUCGCAAUGAUCAUUUACUGAUAAUGGGACCUAGUGGGAGCGGUAAAACUUCUCUGUUAAGAGCUCUGGCCGGUCUUUGGAGCACUGGAAGUGGAAAAAUAACUUUCUAUGUGAAUGAUGGGGAUGAUGCUCAGCCACCGCCUUCUUCAAAUGUAGCUUCUGAAAUGACCGCUUCACCUGAAAGGCCUAUUAGAAGGCAUUCCGGAAGUAUAUUUUUUCUUCCUCAAAGACCAUAUAUGGUUUUGGGAACACUUCGUCAACAAUUGCUUUAUCCUACUUGGGCUGAAAUUGAGAUUCCAAUGAAAAAUGGAAAUAAACAAUCUGGUUCACCUCCUUUCUUGAUGCAGAAAUCAAAUUUGGAAUAUGUGGGUAAAAAACUUACGAAGCCGACGACAGAUGACCUCGUACAGGUUCUAGAGGAUGUUCGCCUUGGCUAUAUACUGUCUCGUUUCAGAAAUCUGGAGUCAUUGCAAGAGUGGUCCAGUGUUCUUUCCCUUGGGGAGCAGCAACGGCUGGCUUUUGCUCGUCUUCUGCUUUCGAAACCAACGCUUGUCUUACUGGAUGAGGCUACAAGUGCCUUAGAUGAAGCGAAUGAGGUUCAUUUAUACCAGAAAAUCAAAGCAGCGGGCAUCACAUAUAUCAGUGUUGGUCAUCGGCGCACCUUGUACAACUACCACAGUAGGAUCUUACAUGUAACAUCGGUGGAUUCUGUAAACGACCAACAAAAUUGGCACAUUGAGGCGGUCAUUCGCGACGUGUUCAAUUUAUCAAAGUCGUCGUAAAUUGUAUAACAGGAGGGCUGCUUGCUUCAGCUUUGAAUUUAUCAGGGACUUUUCACUUUCGUGCACCAAAUUCGAGGAGCUCCAUUUGGUUACAAAAAAAAAAAAGAAUUAAAAGUGGAAAUUGCAAUUCAUCCAAAUGUUGCUACCCUUUGCUUUCAUAACUAAAAUUUCCUAUUAAUGCCAUAGUUUAGUUGGCGUGAGAACAUGCCAUAUUGCCAUGGCUACAAAUGGUAUUCAAGUCAUUCCUGGUUAUAUUUAUUCUUAGAUGAUUGUUGAAUAUAACAAUUAUAACAGCUUAUAAGCAAUCCUUCUCUAUCUCUCACGAAGUUGUUUAUCAAACCCAGGCUGGCCCGUCGGUUGGACCGGUUGAACCGUACUUUCCCAGCAAUGUCGGGCCGGUUCUCAUGUUAGCCCGAACACUCAAAGAACCCACGACAACUCACCAAAAAUCGCAGAUACUCGUGAAACCCGUGACCCUCACAACCCACAGUUCACUCUCUGCGACCAGCUCUCUCUCAUCUCAACCAACCUCCAGAGGUUUCUUUGUCUCCGAUCUGCUGUGUUACGGCCUUGAAGGAGCACGACUCUCUCGAUCUCGGCAAUCGCAGAUUCAAGGAAUCUAAGUUGAAGAAGCCACAUAAGGUACACUUGAAACCUUAAGAUCCCUCAUUUUUCCCUUUGCAAUUAGCUCUCACCAGACGAAUCUCCCUUCCCUCACUAGACGAAUCUCAGUAGAAUGAAAUUGUGGCAUCUAAGAGGAAGCUUAGAGUUAGAGGAGGAAGAAGACUCAGAGUAAAUUACUAAAUUGGGACCGUGUAAUUUGUAAAGUUUUUAUGGAAGAUGAGAACCAACUAGUUUGAC